UCCAGACUUUGAUUUGGCUGAAGUAACUUCUACCACAGAGCUGUGGGCAUGCCUGGGAUUGAGAAACACAGUUAAAAGACUCCCAGUUGCUUCUUGCCUUUUGAAAACUUCUGAAAACCAUCCCUUCAGACUCCAGAAUUGUACCCAUCUCAACCAAGACUUUGCUUGAAUGUUUACAUUUUCUGCUUCCUAUUCUACCUAUCACUAUUUAGCAUUCACCUUUUGUUAAAAUUUCGGAGUGUCAGGAUUGAGCUUGCUCAGCAAGCCAGCAUGGCUAGAAUGAGCUUUGUGUUAGCAGCUUGCCAAUUGGUGCUGGGCUUGCUAAUGACUUCAUUAACUGGGUACUCCCUACAAAAUAGUGAGUGUCCACAACUUUGUGUAUGUGAAAUUAGGCCCUGGUUCACCCCGCAAUCCACAUACAGAGAAGCCACCACUGUUGAUUGCAAUGAUCUCCGCUUAACAAGGAUUCCCAGCAACCUUUCUAGUGAUACUCAAGUGCUUCUCUUACAGAGCAAUAACAUUGCAAAGACCGUGGAUGAGCUCCAGCAGCUUUUCAACUUGACUGAGCUAGAUUUCUCCCAAAACAACUUCACAAAUAUUAAGGAGGUUGGGCUAGCAAACCUGACCCAGCUCACUACUCUACAUUUGGAGGAAAAUCAGAUUACGGAAAUGACUGAUUACUGUCUGCAGGACCUCAGCAACCUUCAAGAACUCUAUAUCAACCAUAACCAGAUUAGCACUAUUUCUGCUAAUGCUUUUUCAGGCUUAAAAAAUCUUUUAAGGCUCCACUUGAACUCCAAUAAAUUGAAAAUUAUUGAUAGCCGCUGGUUUGAUUCAACACCCAACCUGGAAAUUCUCAUGAUUGGGGAAAACCCUGUGAUUGGAAUUCUGGAUAUGAACUUUAAACCCCUCUCAAAUUUGAGAAGCCUGGUUUUGGCAGGAAUGUAUCUCACCGAUAUUCCUGGAAAUGCCUUGGUGGGCUUGGAUAGCCUUGAAAGCCUGUCUUUUUAUGAUAACAAACUGGUCAAGGUCCCCCAACUUGCCCUGCAAAAGGUUCCAAAUUUAAAAUUCUUAGACCUCAACAAAAACCCCAUCCACAAAAUCCAAGAAGGGGACUUCAAAAAUAUGCUUCGGCUAAAAGAACUAGGAAUCAACAAUAUGGGGGAACUUGUUUCUGUGGAUCGCUAUGCCCUUGAUAACUUGCCUGAACUCACAAAGUUAGAAGCCACCAAUAACCCCAAAUUAUCUUAUAUCCACCGCUUGGCUUUUCGAAGUGUUCCUGCCCUGGAAAGCUUGAUGUUGAACAACAAUGCCUUGAAUGCUGUUUACCAAAAGACAGUAGAAUCCCUUCCCAAUCUUCGUGAGAUCAGUAUCCAUAGCAACCCCCUGAGGUGUGACUGUGUCAUCCACUGGAUUAACUCCAACAAAACAAACAUCCGCUUCAUGGAGCCUUUGUCCAUGUUCUGUGCCAUGCCACCUGAAUAUAGAGGGCAGCAGGUAAAGGAAGUUUUAAUCCAAGAUUCAAGUGAACAGUGCCUCCCAAUGAUAGCUCAUGACACAUUCCCAAAUCAUUUAAACAUGGAUAUUGGCACAACAGUUUUCCUAGAUUGUCGGGCCAUGGCUGAGCCAGAACCCGAAAUUUAUUGGGUCACUCCUCUUGGAAAUAAGAUAACUGUGGAUACACUUUCAGAUAAAUACAAGCUAAGUAGCGAAGGUACUUUAGAAAUAUUUAACAUACAAAUUGAAGACUCAGGAAGAUAUACUUGUGUCGCCCAGAAUGUUGAAGGGGCUGACACACGUGUAGUGACAAUUAAGGUUAAUGGAACCCUUCUGGAUGGUACCCAGGUGCUGAAAAUAUAUGUCAAGCAGACAGAAUCUCAUUCCAUCUUAGUGUCCUGGAAAGUCAAUUCCAAUGUCAUGACAUCAAACUUAAAAUGGUCAUCUGCCACCAUGAAGAUUGACAAUCCUCACAUAACCUAUACUGCCAGGGUCCCGGUAGAUGUUCAUGAGUACAACCUAACACAUCUGCAGCCUUCUACAGAUUAUGAAGUGUGUCUCACAGUGUCUAAUAUUCAUCAGCAGACUCAGAAGUCAUGUGUGAAUGUCACAACUAAAAAUGCCGCCUUUGCACUGGACAUUUCUGAUCAAGAAACAAGUACAGCCCUUGCUGCAGUAAUGGGGUCCAUGUUUGCCGUCAUUAGCCUUGCAUCUAUUGCUGUGUACAUUGCCAAAAGGUUUAAGAGAAAAAACUACCACCACUCAUUAAAAAAGUAUAUGCAAAAAACUUCUUCAAUCCCACUAAAUGAGCUGUACCCACCACUCAUUAAUCUCUGGGAAGGUGACAGUGAGAAAGACAAAGAUGGUUCUGCAGACACCAAGCCAACCCAGGUUGACACAUCCAGAAGCUAUUACAUGUGGUAACUCAGUGGAUAUUUUGCUUCUGGUAGUAAGGAGCACAAAGACGUUUUUGCUUUAUUCUGCAAAAGUAACAAGUUGAAGACUUUUGUAUUUUUGACUUUGCUAGUUUGUGGCAGAGUGGAGAGGACGGGUGGAUAUUUCAAAUUUUUUUAGUAUAGCGUAUCGCAAGGGUUUGACACGGCUGGCAGCAUCUCUAGGCUUCCAGUUUGUGUUUGGUUUUUAUUCUUAUCAUUAUUAUGAUUAUUAUUAUAUUAUUAUUAUAUUAUUAUUAUUAUUUUGUUUUAGUUGUUGUGCUAAACUCAAUAAUGCUGUUCUAACUACAAUGCUCAAUAAAAUGAUUAAUGACAGGUUGGGGUUCCCUGUGCUUUUACCAAUAGCAUGACCCCUUCUGAAGCCAUCAGUAGAAAGUACAAAGUCCUCCAAAAAGCUAACACAGUUGUGAAGCAGCAUUGAACCUUUUGUAGCAAUCUGGUCUACAGACUUUUUAACUCAAGAAGCUAAGGCUAGACUUGUUACCUUCGUUGAAUGAUGUUAGUUGACUGUACUGUAAUGUUGUAUCAACUGAAUUGAAUGUUUGCCUUUGAACAAUGACUUUUCCUUUUUUGUAAUAGUUAAAGAGGCUUAGAACAAGCUAACAGGCAAUAGAAAUAUGUAUAUCAGAUUUUUUAUGUAACAAUCUACAUGUUAAUUGUUACCUUAUUCUUUUUAUCUUUAGUAGACACUUUUAAAAGAAAAGACAAUUUUGUUGUGUUUAACUCACCAACAUGUGGUGUAUAAUGAAGACAGAACUAUAAUAAAUUAGUUUUGUUCUGAUUUUUUUAGAACACUUGCAAUAAUAUAUCAUUUAUAGUUCUUGCUAGUGGCAGUGGUGAUUAUUUUUCACAUCCCUAAUACAAACAACCAAAAUAAAUCAACUAUAGUGUGAUGCUUUUUAAAACUAGGCCCUAAAAGUUUUGAAUUCUUUUUCUAAGGGAAGAAAUAUCUAUUUUAGUGAAGAUAUUUUAAUGAAAAGGAUUUCUAUAUCUUGAAUAUUACUGAUCAGAACUAAUGGAGGGAAGCAUUCUUAUGAACAAAAAGGCAUAUUACUGUAUCCAAUACGUAACUAAACGUGAUUUGAAAAAAAAGAGAUAUACACACUGAUGAAGUGAUAGAUAUGUCACAUUUUUUUUGUAAGGGUUUUGUUAAAAUCCAAAUUUUUUUACUGGUUUCCAUGCUCUCCAUCAAAGUCUAAAAUAUGCAGCUAUGCAGUAUUUCAAAAUGUAUUACAUGCUAUUCCUUUUUUCAUGGCUAUCUAUAUGCUUAGACCCAUAUUAAAACCCAUAUAUCCAUGUGGAAAAAUCUGCUGAGACAAGUAAAUGAUUACUAGAAAACAGAACAAUUUCUGUACAUUUGGCAUUUUUCAGCCAACUAACAUAGACAGUUUGGCAGAAUUAAGUGUAUCUGGAA